GGAGAUACAUUGAUACAAGUGUGGCACCCAUUUAUCGGCGUACUGUCUGUUUUUACUGGAUUGAAAGAAGAGAAGAAAAAUAUUGAAUUCUUAUUUAGCAGCUUUCACGGCUGAACCCGGAGUUAAAGCUGGAAGGAGGCGGCGGAUCGCAGAUAUGCACGCAGCAGGAUGGAUUUUAUGUAACUCAAAUGCAACGUGAUGAGAUAACGAUGAAGAUGAUGAUGAUGGCCCAGGGCGAGAAAGAUCCGAAACAUACCAACCAAGUCGUACUGGUCAAGAGAAUUAUUAUGAAGCAUGACAACCCGGUCCAGCAGGGUUUUGGGAAGCCCAGCGUGUAUCACGCUGUUGUGGUCAUCUUCCUGGAGUUCUUCGCUUGGGGUCUCCUCACAACGCCAAUGCUUACUGUUUUACAUGAAACAUUCCCCAAACACACCUUCUUAAUAAAUGGCCUCAUUCAGGGAGUGAAGGGUCUGCUGUCAUUCAUGAGCGCUCCAUUAAUCGGCGCUCUGUCAGAUGUUUGGGGCAGACGAUCGUUCCUUUUGGUCACGGUGUUCUUCACAUGUGCUCCUAUUCCACUCAUGAGACUCAGUCCGUGGUGGUACUUCGCCAUGAUAUCUGUGUCCGGCGCUUUUUCCGUCACCUUCUCGGUGAUCUUUGCUUACAUCGCAGACGUGACGGAUGUACGUGAGAGGAGUACGGCGUAUGGACUCGUUUCUGCGACAUUUGCGGCGAGCCUGGUGACGAGUCCUGCCAUCGGCGCAUACCUCUCGGCCAGUUACGGGGAUAAUCUGGUGGUGCUGUUGGCGACGCUCAUCGCUCUGGCCGACAUCUGCUUCAUACUGCUGGCCGUCCCAGAGUCACUGCCGAAUAAAAUGAGACUCAACACAUGGGGAGCGCCCAUAUCCUGGGAACAGGCCGAUCCGUUUGCUUCUUUGCGUAAAGUCGGGCAGGACACAACAGUUCUUCUCAUCUGUAUAACGGUGUUUUUGUCGUAUCUCCCCGAGGCAGGGCAGUACUCCAGCUUCUUCCUCUACUUGCGUCAGGUCGUUAACUUCUCACCCAAAACGAUCGCCGUGUUCAUCGGCGUGGUGGGAAUCCUCUCCAUCGUGGCGCAGACGCUGUUUCUCACUUUAUUAAUGAGGACCAUCGGGAACAAGAACACGGUUCUGUUGGGUUUGGGUUUCCAGAUUCUGCAGCUGGCCUGGUAUGGUUUAGGAUCAGAGCCGUGGAUGAUGUGGGCGGCCGGCGCGGUGGCAGCUAUGUCCAGCAUAACAUUCCCCGCAGUGAGCGCUUUAGUGUCACGCAGUGCAGAUCCGGAUAAACAAGGACUGGUUCAGGGAAUGAUAACCGGAAUUCGGGGUCUCUGCAACGGUUUGGGUCCCGCGCUGUACGGCUUCAUUUUCUUCCUCUUUAACGUAGAGCUGAGCGGAAUUACAUCGAUUGAGCCUGGCUAUGCAAUCCCCCUACAGACCCCCACAGAGAAGACAGCAAUCCCUGGUCCGCCAUUCCUCCUUGGCGCCUGCACGGUGGUGGUUGCGUUUGUAGUCGCUCUGUUCAUCCCAGACGACCCAACACCGCCAGCGUCUUCCUGCCCGAGCCGUAAGACCAGCACGAGUCUGGCGGGAGCCCACACCAACACACUGCUGCCGGGGAGCGACGAAGACUUCGAACCUCUGUUGGAGGACAGCAAUGUGUGACUGAUUCCAGAAAUGAAAUGAUGUUUGGAAUAGAGAAACGAAAGCAUCAAAACAUCACAAACCCUCCCCCGUUCAGAGACUUACAUUUUGGAGCGUGCAGUAUUUAUUUUGUCUGUUUUAUUCUGAUUUAUCGGUUUUGAAUGGGUAUCGGUCACAAACCGAUAUCGGCUUUUAUUGAGCAUUGUACAUCGUUUUACUUUAAAUACACAACUGAAUCAAAACUCUAAGGGCUUGAUAAUUGGGAUCAGAUAUGCCGUUGUGGAAACAGAGGUGCGUUCUGAUUGGUUCUCGAGGAACUUAAGUUUGAUUGGUACUACUGGAGUUACAGUCCAGAGCUCUUCAUGUAUAUAGAUCUUCGGGCGAAGUGCAGUAAAGUGUGUCGUUGAUGGAGCUCGUGGUGACUUGAAGCUUAUCGUUGUAGUUGGCGAGAUGCCGUGGUGUCCGUACACAAGCCUUAAAGUCACAUAUCCUGAGUGGAAUGAAAAGGUCUGAAUAGAUUAGAAAUGCAUCCGAUUGCAAGUGCAUGAUGAGUAUUUGUGGUGAUCUUAACCAAAGCGAAGAUAUUAGUGCACCAGAGGUUUGGCCUACAGUAGUUACUGAUGCUAGCAUAGUUAUUUAGGCCAGUUGGUUGUAUCAUAUGGACACAAGUUGCGUGAAAUGUGUGUGUGAGUAGGUAAACAUUCUAUGCAGCAGUGUAGGGAAAAGUCAAAAUCUUUUGUCUCAAGAUUUAGUCAACUUGAAAUCAAAACUGACCCCAUUUACUAGAGAUAGACCGAUAUAUCGGUUUUACCCAUAGACUGUAAAAAAAGAUGGACGACGUCCCUUCGCUCUUUUCCAUUGGUGAGAACUGAAGCCGCCAGUGUCCCGACAUGGCGCUGACAUCUUGGGACUUGAGUCUGCGCAGUUGCGAUUUCGGGACCAAACCUGCGCAGUAGUGAGCAGGAAGUAAAGCCGCGAAAUCAAGGCCCCGCCCUCACUCUCGCUGAAUCAAUCGCAAGCACACGCCCCUGCACUUUUGACUUAUGACGGUGUGAAAUAAUUAAUUAUAGAAAUUUAGAUAUUACAUUUAAAGCUCCAAUCUCCUCAGUCCUCCGAAGAUCCUGAAAAAAAGUCAGUUGGUGCUUCAGUGACUACUUCGCUCAGAGAACCUGUCAAUCACAGCUGUCAAUCAUGAUGUCACAGCAGCGUUUUUAUAGCAUCAAAUAACUAAAAACAAACUUAUUUUGAAAACAAACACUUGAAAUGACAUCAACGUGAUAGAAACGACAGUAAAUGACAGAAACUAUCUUUGGAAAAAAGAUAUGUGAAGUGUAAUUGAAUUGUUUAGUUGGUCUCACGUCCCGUUGAAUAACAUGGGGAGGCGGGGCUUAUGACCUAUACUAGGACCAGUCACCGGGGGGCGAUCGAGACGUUUUGGCUUCACUUUUGAGGGCUUGUGCGACACACUUGGUUUUACCGAUUAACCGGUGGCGAUUUUUUUGCAGAGAGUGGCCAGUUGUUUUUGUUUUUUUUACAUUUAUUUAUUUAUUUUUUUAUUCCUCUGUGUUUCUCUAUGGCCAGUGCUGGAAGACACAACAUAUAAAACGGAUUGGUGCUAUAGUAUAACAGCGGAUACAAACAAACAAAAUAUGAACAAUCACGGACCUCAUGGGGAUUUAAAUUUAGCAUCAUUGAUAAUAUUCAUCCAUAUUUGUAUCCUCACUUCAAUGCAUAUUUUGUUAUUCUGAUUAAAUCAGAUAAAUCAAGUAUUUUAAAUUGAAGUGAGGUCAUGCAAAAUAAAUAAAUAAAUAAAUACUAUAUGGAAACGUGCACAUCAGCACAUACCGUCAGCACAUACCCAAGUUCUCCGACUUCAUCUGGUGAAUAUAAAGGCAAUAGAAAGCUCAAUUUGGUAAAUACUUAAUAUAGAGCAUUGUAAUGGGGGCAAGUCUCUGCCAUUUCAAAAUAAGAGUCCCCAAUGUGUUAUCAUUAUUAAUCCCGCGUUAUGCAUCAAAUCUUAAUUUUUAUUGGGAAUUUGGUUGAACGACAAACUGCAUUCAGGAUUUUAUUUAUAUUAUAUUUUAGACUUGGAGUCUUUGUGUGUUGGCCCCGGGGACAGAUUACCGACCGGGCCAAUGGGGCUAGUGCCCAGGGGCCCUUGACUACCAGGGGGCACUUGACUGCUUGAUUUAGGAAGUUUAAUGGGUUGCGAAUGCCAUUUCAUGUUGACUUUACGCUUGUGCUCAGAGAAUAAUGGUGCAUUACUCAUGUUUAACUACAUCUGGUCUUUUAAAUGGUACAAUAUUACUGUGACAGGGCGGAGGGUGGGUCGUGAUUGCAAACACCCGUCCCCUAA